AUGAUGCUUCUCCACUCUCGCAUAUCCUAUUUCAAGAAUUUCGAUCAUGACGACAGUCUCAGGGCUCUACGGAGUCCCAACCCCACAAGGGUUCCUGAUUUAGGCGAUUUUGUUGCAACUGGCAACGACCAAACUGUCACUAAGAGGAGGAAAGCUGCUGAAGAUGAUGAUAAUGACAGCGACAAAGAGACUGAGAGAAAUAAAAUGUGUUGUCAAUUGCGUUUUUUUAGAGUUAUAGCUUUGUUUUCUACUGUCAUGAGAUAUUUGGUCAAGAAUGGAUGUGCAUGA